AUGAGACAGCUCCUGGGAGAUCGAUCAGACGACCACUCCGCGAUCCUCCGCGAGCUCUUCCUCAACCGACUUCCGCAAGAUGCACGACUCAUCUUGGCUGGGAACGACGAUGUCGCCUUAGACCGUUUGGCCGACCUCGCUGACCGCAUCACAGAUUAUGCUUCAGCCGGCCUGGCAACAGUGCAUUCCCCUACCGCCGCGCCGCCUCCGGCGACUAGCAAACUGGAAGGUGCCAUCGCCCGUUUGGCGGGAGAGAUGGAAAAAAUGUCGACGCAACUGGCUGAUCUGCAAGCAAGUUUCCACGGCCAAACUCGCAGGCCCCGAUCGAGCAGUCGCCGACGCCCCCGCGCAUCGUCGCAGCAGCGUACCCAGAGCCCCCAGUAUUGCUGGUAUCACCGACACUUCAAACACCGUUCCACGCGUUGCCAAGCCCCCUGCAGUUUGCAGAAAAACUCUACGGCCGGUCAGUAA